AUGCAACUCGUAGAUAUCUCGACACUCUCCGUAGCACAAGUAUACGAGCUUAAUCAGAACCUACUAGACCUUACUGCCGAUGUACAACGUCCCCUCAUAGCUAAUAUGGCGCCUAUCUCCGAGCUGCGAGCAGAAUAUGAAAAUGGAUCUCCUUCGUUUGUUCAGCAAAUAGACUAUCUUCAAUCUCAAGGCUAUUCAUCGAUCAUACGGGCUCGAGGUGACGGCGACUGCUUCUAUAGAUCUGUUGCUUUCGCAUACGUCCAAAAUCUCCUUCAUGCUCCCGACCCUACUAUCGCUGUAGCGACGGCCUUAUCAACUCUAGAAGCGACUACCAAAUUGCUGGAAAGCGUGGGAUUCGAGAAGAUGGUGUUUGAGGAUUUUUAUGAAGUGCUAGAGGAACUAGUGAAAAGCGUUGUUACUCCUAACGCGUCUGGAAGCAUCUUAACCGAUGAGGGACUUUUGGAAACAUUUCAAGAUCCAGAGAAAUCCAACUCCAUUGUAGUGUAUUUGCGGAUGUUAACAUCUGCGCAAAUUCGGCUGGAUCCAGAGAAUUUCGCUCCAUUCCUCUUCCAUCCUGAACUGGGAGAGCCGAUGGAAAUAAGGGAUUUUUGUGAACACUUUGUUGAUGCGACUGGCAAGGAAGCAGACCAUGUCCAGAUGACAGCGCUUUCUAGGAUGAUUCGUACAAAUGUAGAUGUUGCCUAUCUGGAUGGACGAGGGUCUAAUGGACAAGUGGAAUUCGUGAAAUUCCAACCAGACGAAACCGCGGAAGCCGCCGCAUCACCUGGACAUUAUGAUAUUUUAGUAGGCCCCAAACACUGAAUUGCAGCUUCGCAAGAGCUCAUACUGUAUCUGCGAUGUGCAAGAAUCACUACAUUUUAUUUCGGAGAAUUCAGUUCUCCUGCCACUGUAUUCAUGAACCGUUUUGGAAAAUGUCAACGCGCCACUGCUAUCGAUCGUCCUCUCAAUUCAAAAUCGUCGGAGACGGGUUGCCCCCUGUUUACGUAUAAACCAAUUCACGACGCUGUCUUAACCACUACAGUCUUCCACAGUUCAUCUAGAGUACAGGCACUCUUCAGACGUUAUCUACACCUCUUGUGAUAAGCCAUCCAUAUGGCAUGCGGGAAGCUCUGCUAUAUAUGGGACCCAAGCGGGUCAUUCUGAGAAUGCAUAUAAAUACG